CAGAAUGAUUACUCUUGUCUUUAUUGGAGACCAACAGGAAACCAGUAUUUACUAACUUAACGUCAUUGAACACACCUUGGCUGAUUUGUCAGCCCGUUGAUCUCAGACCAAAACAAACUCAGAGGUGGGGGUAAAAAACAUUUGACUCAGGCGUCUGACUUUCACACUGCUGCUUUCCAAAUGUCGCGGCGAUUAAACAAGAGUAUGGGGAUGUGCUUACCGUGCCUUGGUGGAGCAGCGGACGACGUUGUGGUCACUCCAGAUCCUGAGACAAGGAGACAGCAGUUAGCUGAAGCCGCCGAAAAGAGACAAAAAGAGACGGCGUACAGGGGUGUUAAAAAUCCCGAAGCAGUCGAGAGGAAAAGGAAAAAACAGGAAGAAGCUGAAAAACAAGCGAUGACCACCUCUGUGUCUGGUGGCGGCGGGCUAAAGUGGCAGGUGGGCUGAAAAUCCUGAUGGUAAAGUCUGAACGCUGACAUCAAAAAAUCAUGAAGUGUUGAUGCAAGAGGACUUGAAAAAUGUUGGAACUGAUGUCUGGUUUUACUACUACCCCCCCCCCCCCCCCCCCCCCUUUCUUUGCCUGUUAUAUAUCUGUAUUUUGUUGUGAGCCUGCAGCGGUCAGGUGCAAACAACCUGUUAUUAAGUUAUUCCACACAAAACACAGCAGCAUUCGCCAAGUUAUAGAAACCAGUUCGACCUUUGGAUAAGUCAGGGAUGACACAGUAAUGUCAUUGAUUAGACACAGUCUUGCAGUACAGUGAUGUCCAUUAGGUAAUAUGGAAGAACACAACUAUAAAAUGUAGUUGCACAUUAAGACAGAGCUGUCCUCAUUGUGUUUGGUUUUCCUAGUCAGAGUUAAGUGCUCACUGUAUAUCCGUUAAUGGUUACAUCACCUUUCUGUUUCUCACUAGGCACCUUGUUAAAUGAACUCACUUUGUUGUGGACUCUGUUAUUUGGCCACUCAAAGACUAGUGCAAACAGUGCUACCUUGUCUAAUUUUACUGAAUUUGUAAUGUGCUUUGCUCAUGACUGAGGCAGGUCAGUUACACAGACCACAGUGGGGUUACAUAAUGAUGAGGAAAGCAAUGCAGCGUGUUUAUUUUGUGUGUUUUGUAUUGAAAAAUGUGUGUUAUUGUGCUGAGAAUGUAGGUGGACUCUUAUGUAGCACAUUAGUUUCUAAUGUGGUGAUUCCCCAGUAAGCACAAACUUUAUACUUGACAAAAACUGCAGCAGCUAAAGAAUACUGCUGGAUAAUGUAAAGCACUCUCCAACCAAUAACAAUGAAAUGAAGUGCAACAAAAGCCUUUUGCAUAGGUCCUGGCCCUUUGCACUAGUCUUUGCCCUACUUUAAUAUCCUUUUUUGUUACUUUAUUUAUCAUGCACAGUUUGCGUUUGUUGCAUUGAAUUGUAAUGUAUGCAAACACAGAUGUAAUGGCUGCUUAAUCUAACUGAGAUGUGUAAUGUGUUUGUGAAUUGCCAUAAUACAACUGAAGCUUUUGUUAGACACCCAUUUGCACACCAUCAGCCAAUAUGCUCACCUGCCUUGGUAGGUUCAUGUCCACUACAAUGGAAACAAGACUGAAGGAAGAUGAAGGAGAAAAAAAAAUGUUGUGAAAUAUUUUCUUUGACUUGCUUGGUUGAGUGCAUUUCUUACAGCCUUCCUUAAAUGCUUCCGGUGCUCUUGCCAUUUUGUAGAAGAAGAAAUCUAGCCAAUGUUAUUUGCUACAAUAAAUCACAUU